AUGUCUUUCAACGAUCUACCUCCAGCCAUUCUAUCUUUGACAGCAUCGUAUCUGAGAGAAGAAGACUUCUGGCUGGCGCCAUAUGCCACGAUCAACAAGCCAUGGCGAUCUGUCAUUGAGGCGCUGACAUUUCGCGAGUUGCGCACCGAGUCCAUCGAACAUCUGCAGCAGAUACCUCAGUACAUGAAUUGUGACCGCUGGGAUGCGAUGCGUACCCUCGACGUGAUCGUGCAUCUUCGAGAAUAUGAGAGAGAACGAUGGUACAAACCCGAGACCAAUGAAGAUAAACAGAUCAACGAUGAUAUCUUCAGUGACUUCCUGAAGAAGCUUUUCGAAAUUGUCAAUACUUGGAAGAUAUAUAGAGAUAACGCGCCUCGCUUUACCCUAGCAAUCCAGGCCAUAUCAAAGAGCGACUACUGGCAUCUGGGUAGACUCAACAGAAUGAAGCGUUACGCAAACACUACUCGGGGCGCAGAAGAUGUUCGAAUUCAGGCAAGCUAUUUGCACCUUACUGAAGACUUACCGCAUUUGUCAGCUAUCGCGGGACUGGUUAUCCGAGGGGCGCGUAACGUCAGAGCUAUUCGACCUGGAAGGUCGUGUUGUCCCAGGCUACUUUCUGGAGAGAGUGUGUGUCGUAUUGUUAGAGCCUGUCUUAACGUAGGCAAGGUAGAGAUCGACUUGUCUGAUCAGGAGAGCAAACAUAUAGGACUUCGAAACGCGGAGCGCUCAGCAUUUGCAACGAACUUCACUGGUCUACCACAGGGCUUAAGGCAGCUCAAAGUGAGCUACCCUGGAGUUGUCCCUGCGAAUCAGUUGUUCAGUCCACCAUCUAUCCCCUCAAGUGAUGGCAAAGACCUCUUGAGUUAUCGUCUGAACAUGAUAUCUCAACAGCUACAAUCUCUCGAGGUCACGGCUGUGCUUAGCGACGACUUCUUCGACAUCACCAGUCAUGCCACCUCAUGGCCUCUGCUACAAUCACUGUCCAUUGACUUUGUUCCGUGUACUCCUUGUGGCGAUUGGAUGCUAGAACUAGAUCCUACAGACUCUGAUGUCGAACUCGACCACGAGCGAGCGUAUGAGUUCGAGGUACGCACGGGAGGAUACAAAAGCGAGGCUGAGUGGCCUGCAAGAAUGGAUUAUCCCCGUCGAUCAUUCCGUACGGCUGUGAACACAGAUAUCCUAAACGAUAUUUGUUUGGCUGCGGCGCGAGCGAUGGCUAGAAUGCCAAAUCUGCGCAACCUCAAGCUCAAUGUUGGCGAUGACACCACGGAGUCGGGUUGUCAAUGUACGUUUACCUCGGAUGGCAGGUCGUCUCACAAAGUGGUCUGGCAAAGCAGGUCUGCAACUAUGUAUGAGCCUCAUGCCAAUGUCAUUGCGGCUUGGAAACAGGUGUUCGUAGAGAGGACUGGAGACCUCGAGAUACAGAUCCUCGGAUAUGAGCAUACUCGUGUAUAA